AUGGGCAAUGUUCUGAAGCAGUCGAAAUAUUUUUUGCGUUAUGCUUCUGAACAAGAGGAAGAACAAAAGGACCUCCAAUGCAAGUGGUUCACUGAUUUUACGGUACUGCAUGAAUAUUGCUAUGCCGCGGCUCACAAAUUUCCCACUAAAAAUGCAGUUCAUGGAAAUAAAAUUCUUACAAGUGAUAACAAACUAUUUAAGAUCCUAAGCUGA